AUGAAAGCGCUGGUGCCGAAGAAAAAAAUUAAAAUUGCCGAGUACCCCUUUACAACUGUGAAACCCCAAGUUGCUUAUAUCGAGGACUUCCAGUCAGAAUCCGAUGCCGACGACAGCGAAUCGUUCAGCUUGUCAAUCGCCGAUUUGCCGGGUUUAAUCGAAGGUGCAUCAAUGAAUCGCGGCCGAGGACGAGCAUUCCUGAAGCAUUUGGAAUACAGCGAUCUCCUUCUGCUCGUAAUCGAUGUGCUUGGUUUCAAAUUUGACCUGUCGCUGAAUAAUCCAUAUCGGAGUGCUCUGGAAACUAUUGCGCUUUUGAAUAUCGAAUUGGAGAAGUACGACCCCAGCCUUGUGAGUAAGCCUUCUGUCAUUGCUCUCAAUAAGAUAGACUUAUCCGAUGGCCGACAGAAAGCCGAGGAGCUGAUGGCCAUCCUUAAAAAUGAAAAUUGGCCACAAAAAUUAACCGACGAAAUGCGACCGCAUCAACCGCUCAAUAUAAAGGCUGUAAUAGCUAUGGCAGCGAAAUAUCGAGAAUUGGGCGAUUUGAAAAACCAACUGAAAGUUCUCUACAAACGGACUCAUCGACUUUUGGCGCCUGAUGUCGAUUCCGGAACGGGUGCCGUGCUUGCUUGA